CCAACGCAGGGCGUGUGAGCCAGUGAGCGCAGGAUAGGGUGCCCGAGGAGGAAGAAGGAAGAGUAGAGGAGGAUUAAAAAAAAGAAAGAGGGGCUUUUGGUUUUCCACUCCGCCUGUCGCUUCGCCUUCGCACCCUCCGAUCCACCGGAGAAUUCGUGGCCCGUGUCGCCGCCAUGCCGGGAUGCCUCGGAGCUAGGGCUUGCUGGCGGAAGGAGUUAUAGUUAUCGUGAUCUUUAGGCGCAGAUGAGAGCCCACGGAUCUGCGUGGGAUUUCUGGUCCGGUCGCUGAAGGGGCGAGAUUUCGUCUUCGGAUGGAGGGUGGUGGAAGCUUAGCCGCUCUUUAUUUGGGCUAUAUCCAUGGAUUGUGAUGAUAAUGAUUUUCAGAAUGAGAAUUUUCAACUAAUUGGAGAGGACAAUGAUGGGUUUCCUCGAAGCUUACAAUCAUAUGCACCAAAAUUCGAUAUAGACGAUCACUUCCAGACUCACCUAAGAUUUGACAGUUUAGCAGAAACAGGGCUUUUACUUGGCAUUCAAGGUGAAGAAAACAAUUGGAUUGAGGAGUUUUCACCCAGAAACAGUGCCAUCGAAUUUGGUUCAAGUGCCUCUCAUACUUGCUCCCUUUCCGGGCAUGACAUUAAUUGGUCCAAUGCUCCAUCAUCUGAAUCUGUGCAAAUGUUAGUGAAAUCAGUUGAAAAGGAUGAGAAGGUAAGCCCACAAAUUAUGAAUACAGAGGCAGAGAUACAUGCAAUCGAAGAUUCUGCUAUAUGUGCAACAAAUGCUAUUACACACACUGAUACAGGUCUUUUGACUGAUAAAUUACAUAACAGUAUUUUGGCGUCAAAUGAAAAUGUGGAGCAUCAUGAAGUUGCUUCUCAAACUCCCACUGAUGAAAAAUCAGAAGCUGGUUUGGCUGUAAGUCCAUCAGAUCAAAGAUUCCACUCUGUUGCAGAAGUGGUUGCCUCACAAUGUAGUGCUAAAGAAGGAUUAAUUUCAUCAUCUGGUGAUGUAUCUAAAGCAUAUUUAGUUUCUAGUGAGCUUCUUGAGGUGGUUCGGAGCAUGGAACCAUUGGAUAAUACAUCCACAAUGAGUAGUUCACUCGAUGAUCGUGCUUCUGCUGUAAACAAAGAUACCGAAGUUAGUUCAAAUUUUGUUUCUCACAAUAUUCAAAAUGACAUUUCAGGCUUAUCCACUGCUAAUGCUGGUAUGAUCACUGAACAGCUUGAUAACCCAUUAUUUUCUGAGCAAAAAAUGGAAGAGUGCUAUGUAGUUGACAUAAGCAAGAGAUCAGAAACUCUGCAAUCUGAAAAUAAGCAGAAUGAAACAAGUUACAAUCUGUAUGGUGAUUGCAAAGUGAAUGAUCAGCAUUUUCAAGACCAGGUUAAGAAUCAUGUUUGUGAUGUUAAGGAUUCUUCUGAAUUGGUUUCAUCUGCAGAAUCUCUAAUGUUGUCAAAUGACAUAUCUAAUAGCACUGUGUUAAUGCAGAACUCUGGUGGACUGCUGGAAGCUUUUGCUUGCCAGGUACAGGUUUCAAACAAAGACUCAAUGGCAGGGGACAAAAGUUUAACUUGCACAACGGAGGUACCUUCUUUAGCAAUGGAAAAAGAUGGUAUUGUUGGGAGAAACUCUGUUGGAGUUGACACUGAAAAUACUCGUGAGCUAAGUGAUAUAGCUGAAGGACCGAUAGAUUUUAGACAUGAUGUACAUGAAUAUAUUUCUGAAGAAGGUGGUGUCAACCCACAUGCUCCAGCGACCAAAGACAGUAUUGCUCUUGAAGAAGAAAGAGACCUUGCCACGUCUAAGACGGUUAUUAAUGAUAACAACUGUAAUGAAUUGAGAAGAUCAGACAUGGCAGUUGAGGUAACUGCCAUGAAAGCUGAAAUAGGGACAGCUGGAGUUGAUAGUGAUAAGGACUGUAAAAUUGAUGCAUUAAUUUCGAAGAAAUCUGACUCCAUUCCAAUAGAAAAGAGUGCAGAAGGUGAAUGCUUAAAAUCUAUUGUUGAAAAAUCCAUUACAACAGAAGAAAGUUCUGAAGAUGAAUGCUUGAAAUCCAUUUCUGAAAAUCCCACUGGUAAGUUGGAUGGUAAGUUGGAUGCUCCAGGACAUGCUAUACUCAAUGAACCUUGUGCUGCGUUAGUGGAUGACACAGAAAAUAAGCUCUCAUCUCCUGUUCAUGAUAAGUUGGAUACAAGUUCUUUGGUUGCUGAACAUAAUGAGGAUAAUACAAUUCAUUCUGAGGAAAAGGAAAGCACUGCACAAUUGAUUGAUUCAAGUGGCACAACUCUUAAGGACUGCUCCACUGUUACUGAGGAUACAGAAAUUUCCUCAUUUGAAACUCAAAAUAAUGGUAUGGUGAUGGAAUCAGACAAAAAUUCAAUCAUGGACCAAGCAGUUGCUGAUCUGCACUCAGGAUGUCUCACAUUGCCUUCUUCUGACAAUUCAAUGAUUCUCCAGCGGUUGCAUUCUGAAGUUGAAUUAGUUGUAGAACUGAAGGAAGUGACACCAUUAUCUAUACCUGCAUCUCAGUGCGAUGAGAAGAAUGUAAACACCUCUUCCUUAUCAGUUACAAAGAGCAGCAUGGACAAUCAGAUUUCAAAACAACAAUUUGUGGUGCCUGAUUCAGAAGCCAAUAUCCCUUCAAUGAAGAAUUUUUCAGAUAACUUGGAAACUGCCAACAGUGAUGAGGUAUGGGUAGGUUCAUCAGAUGGUGUAUCUUCUCUUGCUACAUGCCUAAGCAAAGAAGGGAAAGAUACUGAUUUAGUUCGAACUAACAAUUGUGACAAACCAAAACAUACUGAAACUGAAAUUGCUGCAUUAAAUAGCGAGAGAAACAACUAUCCUCAAUCUACUUUGCCUGAAAGUAAUCUUGAGUCCUCCUUAUUGGAUCCUGAUGGUGGUAAUCUAAGUUCAUCUGAACCAAAUUGUGGUUCACCAACUGUUAUUAGUUGCAACCAAUCUAUUAUGGAGAAAAUGGAACAUAGAGAAAGCAAUAGUUCGUUGCAAGAUCAUGCAGGUUCUGCUUCAACAAAAAGUUCUGAUAUUUUAAAAUUCACUGUUCAAGAUUCUAAAGUGAGCAUAACAUCAGAAGAAGAUGGCAACUUCACAUUUGUAGUUCAGCCAGAUGCAGAUUUUUCCCAAAAAGACAGUAACAAGGAUUUGGCACUUUUCUCCAAUACACAGUCCUUUGAACAGCCGCAGAUUUCUACGGAGACUUCACAGGGGUAUCUGAGUGAAGCUGUAAAUGAGAGUACUAGCACCAUCAGCAAGACAAUUGUGGAAGACAAAAGUGGUAAAGUUUCUGCUCAGGCAACUAAAAAGGUAGGCAUUUCAAAAGGAGAUGCUAAAGAGAAGUCACAUGAUUUUCGUGGUAAAGGUAGGAAAAGAAACCCAUGUAGUACCUCACCUGUCCCUGAGAGAGCCACAAGAAGCAAAAGCCAGAGGGAGGGUAUGCAGCAAUGUCUCUCUGUUGAGACUAAGACUGCAAAUCCAUCCUGUUUUCCAAGUGUUCAAACAUCUAAUCUGCCUGAUUUGAAUACAUCAGCUCCUUCUGCCCAGUUUCACCAGCCUUUCACAGAUUUACAGCAAGUACAAUUGCGUGCUCAGAUUUUUGUGUAUGGAUCACUGAUCCAAGGUGUCUUGCCAGAUGAGGCUUGUAUGGUACCAGCCUUUGGAGGAAGUGAUGGAGGAAGGAGCUUAUGGGAGCGAGCGUGGCGUGCAUCUUCAGAAAGAUUCUAUAACCUGAAGUCAUCAUCCAUUAGUUCUGGCACACAUUUGCAUCAUCAUUCAGAACAAGGGAUCAGCUGCAGCCCUCUUCCUGGCAAGGUUCUUGAUUCCCCUGCUGGCUGGAAGGACAGCAAGGUCCCAAGUUCAGCAAUACAAAAUUCCACUGUGUCUUUGCAGUCAGCUUUCCAGAGUUCAUCUAAUGAUGGUUUACACUCCAAUAUCACAAGAGGCAUCCACUUGGAAUCCAGUCAAUCUCUAUCUCCAAUGCAUCCAUACCAGACUUCUCAGAUCAAGCAAUACAUGACCAAUUCUACACCUUGGUUAUCUCAGAGCCCUCACCCUGCUUCGUGGUCUUUUUCAUCGCAAAGUUUACCUGUUGAUUCCACUUCACAAUAUUCUGGAAUGCUUGUUUCUGAAGCAACUCCAGUAACCCUUGUUAGAGACUCUUCUAUACCUUGUGCCUCAAACAUGCAGCUCGCUUCCGCUGGUACCUUGCUGCCUAAUCAGGAUGCUGCCCAUGUGUCUGCUGCAUUAGUUGUGCCAUUCGAGACACAAAAUAGGGAAGCAACUCCUGUAAAUGCUAAGAACACAUUUGUCAGUGAGAAAUCCAGAAAGAGGAAGAAGGUUUCUGCACCCGAGGAGCUUGUGCCAAAAUUUUCAGUUUCUCAACUUCAAGCAGAAUCUGCUUCUGCAGCUUUUACUACUAAUAAUCUGCCUAAUUCUGUGGGUCUUUCUUUGUCUUCUAAUUCUCUAAGCACUGUUACAUCUACUGGUCUAGUUUCAGCUACAACUCACCCCAUAACUAUGCCUUAUUACCAAAUAUUAGGCAGUGGUCACACUCAGCAGAGGGUCACCUUCUCGAAAGAGACCUGCACUCAAAUUGAGCACUCAAAGCUUCAAGCUGAGAAUGCUUCUGCUUAUGCUGCGGCUGCUGUCAGGCAUGGUCAAGUUAUUUGGGAGCAGAUGGUUGCCCAAAGAAAAUUAGGCUUGGCAUCAGAAGUUGAUCAGAAACUUGCCUCUGCAGCUGCAGCAGCUGCUGCAGCAGCUUCUGUUGCAAAGGCAGCUGCAGAAGUUGCCAAGGUUGCAUCCGAUGCUGCAUUACAGGCUAAAUUGAUGGCCGAUGAUGCUCUAAAUUCUUCUAAUACAGGAAUUACUAUUAAAAAUUCUGAAAUCAGCUUUGAUGUUGGAAAGAACUUGUUGACAUCAACUCCUGUUUCAAGCUCCAAGGGCAAGGACAAGAUCCGUGGUCCUUGUUCAAUAAUUUCUGAGGCACGUGAGACCACCAGAAAGAGGGUUGAAGCAGCUUCUGCUGCCAUCAAGCGAGCAGAGAACUUGGAUGCCAUACUGAAAGCUGCAGAAAUGGCUGCAGAGGCUGUAUCACAAGCUGGAACCAUCAUUGCCAUGGGGGAUCCCUUACCAUUCUCAAUAAGUGAAUUAGUAGAAGCAGGCCCUGAAGGUCAUUGGAACAUUCGUUGUGCAGCUAUAAAAAAGGGGAUUGAAACAAAUGGUGUGCAUGCUGGGGAGAAUCUGGCUUUAGAUUCGACUGUUGAUCGUGAGGUAAAUACAAGAAAUUCAAUCAAGCAACCAUUGACCUGUAAUGAGGGACAAAAAGUUUCUAUUGUGGAAGAAAUGCCUCCCAACAAUAAGAAGUCCUUGUUAUUGGAAGAAAAUUCUGAAGUGGGUUAUCUUACCCUGUCAGAAUGCGAAUUAGAAGAUGAAUCAAGAAUUGUUCCAACUGAUGGAGCUGCAAGAGAUGCUAUGCAAGGAAGUAGUAUUCAGAAAGGUUCACUUGUUGAGGUUGUAGCUGAUGGAGAUGGUCUUAGAGGAGCUUGGUUUUCUGCACGGGUUCUUGAUCUCAAAGACGGUAAAGCAUAUGUGUGCUAUGAUGGUCUUUCUGAUGAAGUCAAUGACAAGCUUAAGGAAUGGAUACCACUUGAAUCCAAAAGUGAUCAACCUCCUAGAAUACGUGUGGGUCAUCCUGUUAUUGUAGCCAAAUCUGAAGGAACAAGGAAGCGACAUAGAGAAGCUGUAGGCAAUUUCACUUGGGCGAUUGGAGAUAGGGUAGAUGCUUUUAUACGUGAUGGUUGGUGGGAAGGCAUUGUCACUGAGAAGAAUCAAGAUGAUGAAACCAAGUUAACUGUCCAUUUUCCAGCUGGUGGCAGUUCUUCAAUUGUUAGAGCUUGGAAUCUACGACCAUCACUUAUCUGGAAGGAUGGCCAAUGGGUAGAAUGGUCCCGGGCAAAAGAAAGAGUUACCCUGGAACCCUAUGAGGUUGACACACCACAUGAGAAACGACAAAAACUAGGCCGACUAGAUUCCAAAAAUAAGUCAGAAAUAGGUGAGGAAGGAACGGGGACUGUGUCAAAAAAUAUUUGUGCAGAUGAUUCAAGGAAGCUUGAGGAGUCAGGGCCACCUAAUUUGUCAGAAAGGUAUGAAACAUUUGCUGUUGGAAAGAACCUGGGUGAGGAUAAAAACGCCAAUGCACUUAAGGUAAGACGAGCUGGCCUUCAGAAAGAUGGAUCUAAGGUGGUAUUUGGUGUUCCUAAGCCUGGAAAGAAAAGAAAAUUCAUGGAAGUAAGCAAACACUACAACACAGAUAAGCCUGAAAAGUCAACAGAAAGGAGUGACUCUAUAAAGUUUGCAAAAUAUUUGAUGCCACAAGCAUCCCAGUUAUGGAGGAAUACUUCAAAAGUUGAUGUAAAAGGAAGACGAGUCACCAACCUGAACACUAGGGCCCCGAAAGCCUUGAGGUCUCAGAAUGUUCAGGCUAGCAGUACUAUGGAAACGGAUAAACCUGUCACUGCUAUGUCUGUCUUAAAUGGGGGAGAAAGCAGUCUUGUAACCACGUCUAGUAAUGAAGAGAAACAUAGCUCAAUGGAAACUGGUUCUUUUCCACACGUUCUUGAAAAAGUAGAUACGGCAGUGAUAGAGUCUUCUGUGCAGUCUGUACCUGGCAUUCCAUCGUCUAAGAAGAAAUCCACUACUGUUGUGGCUGAGAUGGAGGAGAAAAGAAGGGUUUUAUCUGCCGUGGACAAAUUUUCCAGAUCUGAAGUUAAAGAUUCUGAAAAUCCAGGAACAAGAUCUGCUGAUGUUAUUGAACCCAGGAGAUCCAAUCGUAGGAUUCAGCCAACAUCAAGAUUACUGGAAGGUUUGCAAAGCUCUCUGAUUGUAGCCAAGGGUCCUGGUGUUUCACACGAAAGAGCUGCCAAGCCGUUGCAUCGGGGUGUAUUGACUGCUAGAGGUCAGAGUCAUGGAUGAUUGGAGGGCACCGUUACGAUGUAACGACGACAUAAUGCGAGUUUGCGUUGCCUGUCCAGCCAGCUUGACAGUGAAGGUAUUGUCUGUAGGCGUCAUCAUGUACAUAUACAAUCCGAAGGAUUGGGACACAAGAUUUGUUCUCAGACGACAGACAGACGGUGUAAAAAAAAAUCUCGUAAUCAGAUGAUUAGGUGUAAAAUGUUACGGGUGCAAAGUUGCAGUCUUUCUUUGUCUUGAGCCUAAAUACAUCAAUCUGACUCUGACUCUUAGUAUUGCCAAA